UGCAUUAUAUUGCUGCUGACUUGACAUUUGGUAUUAGCCGUGUUGCUUCAGCCUCAUUAGUAGCGAGAAGAGCAGUUAAACGGAUUGUCAAUUUAUUUAUCAAAGAACACUAUGAAUCAAGAGAAGCUCGCCAAACUUCAGGCACAGGUCCGGAUAGGUGGAAAGGGAACGGCCCGCAGGAAGAAAAAGGUUGUUCACAAAACAGCAACAGCUGAUGACAAGAAGCUCCAAGGCUCAUUGAAGAAACUGGCAGUGAACAACAUUGCAGGGAUCGAAGAGGUGAAUAUGAUAAAAGACGACGGGACGGUGAUCCACUUCAACAACCCCAAAGUUCAGGCGUCUCUGUCUGCCAACACCUUCGCCAUCACGGGCCACGCUGAGACCAAGCAGCUGACAGAGAUGCUGCCAGGCAUCCUGAGCCAGCUGGGAGCCGACAGCCUCAGCAGCCUGCGCAAGCUGGCUGAGCAGUUCCCACGGCAAUCAAUGGACAUGAAAGCAGUCAAGGAGGAAAUUGCAGAAGAAGAGGAUGACGAUGUCCCAGAUCUUGUGGAGAACUUUGAUGAAGCCUCAAAGAACGAAGCAAACUGAUGAAUCCUUUUUUUUUUUUUUUGUUUUCCUUCUUCCAUCAACCUUUUUUUUUUUUUUUUUUUUUUUUUUAAAACCUCUUGCAGACUCACAAAGGGCAUUUCCUCUUGUGGGGAAAUGGUUGUUAAAGGUGCAAUGCAUCAUCUUUGGAGGCGUGAACCACUCUCGGUUUAGCCAGCCACAGCAACACAAUAACAACAACAACAACAAAAUGCAGAUACAGUAGGGUUUUGAUUUCUGUAGGCUGUGAUAUUGUGGACACGAAGAGACCAAGAUCUGUACGACUCUCAGCACCCAAAGGACUCAGACCGCUUUAAAAAAUAAGCUUUCUACAUGGUUAAACGUGGCUAGUAUUUAAGAGAUUGUUUAUUAAAGUACAAUAAAAGUGAAUGAUGAAUUCACUUUACAUAUAGUGGUGAUUAUGAAUUUAAUAAAACAUUUUUGGGCUAUUGA